AUGGAUAACCCUAACAUAAACCUUGACUUUGAUGAGGUUGAACUUUUCCAGCAAUUAUCAGCUGGAACUACUGGAAAAGAUGAUGAGUUGACAUCAAUUAACGCCAGAAAAAGGCAACAACACCUGCUGCAACACCUGCUGCAACACCUGCUGCAAAAAUCAAACCACCUUUUAAAUUCAGCUACUCUGACAAGCUCAAAACUGAAAGCAGAAGUUCUUCAAAUGUAUGAUCAAUUGAGAAAACAUUAUGUAAACAACAACUUUAUCGAGAUCAUGUUUCUUUUGCCAACCAUCGCCAAAUUUAAUAUGGUUCCCCCUAUAUUCAACUUGAUUAUUGGUUGCUCAUUUAUCCAUUUUGGCAGAAUAUCCAGUGCAUUUAGAGAAAUCGGCUUUGCAGUAUGUAUGGCACCUACAGAACAUAAACGGAAGGAAUUUCUCAAAGUUUUGGCAUACACUUAUGCCGAUUUAAACAAAACAGAAUAUGUAUUGGGAUGCCUCGGUGAGAUCUUGGACAUCUCAAGAAAUAAUUUGGUCAACACUGAAGACUUUGAGAACAUGAAAAACGAAAUAUGCGGUUUGGAAAAAGAGCUCAUGCAGAGAUUGGAAAUGGCUCGAAUCAACAACAAGUAUGUUUGA